GCCUCAAGUCGUUCGUACAAGCGCACGUUUCGCGCCAUAAUCUCAGUGUUACCAAGUGCUAACGAAGUGUCACUUACCGGGAUUUACGUACGAAUACUCCGCUUGCUCGCAUUGUCGACAUUACUGAAAACCGGCACCAUCCAUGGAUUCGCUUCGCUUCACACUCUUCUGGGCUAUAAUCGGUCUAGGAGCAUGUACAACUGACAGGGGCAUCCGAGAGACACCACCCAGCUUACUCAAGGAAGUAGAAGACAACAGCCGAUACAAAACGCUUGAAGCUAAUGCAACGCUAUUGAAGUUACUUGUUGAUGACAAGGAUGGAUUUAGCAAGACGGAAGUAUUCGACAUGCUGCACUCCAGGGACGAGGUCGUAGACCAUAUGGAUCUGCCAACGUUCCCGGAAGAUGCUGAAGAAGGGAGAGUCGACGUUCCCGUGAUUCCCGACUCAGAAGCUGAGUUCUUACAAGCGGACGUGACCGUGCGGAAGGACAGCACGCAGUCGCACUUCUCCAGGAUCCAGGGCGAACCUCUGGGCAAAGCGGCUGGCAUCAUGGUCCUCGUCACAUUCAGUAUCGUGGGCAUCGCGUACUCCGGUCUCAUCGUGUGGAGGAGGAUAUAUUUGAAAAGAAAUGGUUUGAAACAUGAACUUUUAAGAAACGAAGAAACUAUAGCUGAGACAAGGAUUGAGUUGUGAAAUCGAGAUAAGUGCAGGAACAAGAAUACUACGCAGUACUCACAGUGACACUAUCUUAUCAGCAUUACAAGAACCUACAGAAGAACUUGGGUUUGCUUGGAUCAAAAUAUUAAGACUGAAUUUUGUUAGCAUAGUUGUGUCGAAUGUUUUGUGAUUUUAUAUAAAUACUCGGAUAUCAUAAACCCUCCAUGGGGCGUUCAAUAACACAUUAUUACCACUGUUAAAUUACGACUGUUUUCUUAGGACAAAUUUGUUAUCUGUAAAAAUCUUAGAUUAAGGAUUGUUCUCCGCUCCAACCAGAUACCGCAGGCGUAGUCGCAAAGUGCGGCAACUAAUACUAAGCCCAAUUGGGCGUACUCGUGCCAGUGUGUGACAUUGACGCGCCACAUGUUCUGCAAAACUUUGAUAAUAAUAAGAGAGACAUAAAAUUAGAAAGAAAGAAAUAUGGGAUCACAUAUGAUCAGUAAUUUUGUUUUAUUUUAUUAAAUUCAAUGUAACACGAAGUGUUUAUUUUAGUUACAAAAUUUGAAAGAUGACAUUGAGCGUCAAGAUGCCACACACACAAGCAUCUCUACAAAUAGCCAAUACACACUACAAUAUAAAAUUGUUGUAGUAAAAAGUUAUUGUUCUUAGGUAGUACGGUAUCUAGUUGGAGCGCAGUGGAGACCAAUCCUUAAUCUAAGGUAAAAAUGUUAUUAUUGAUAAAUAUAAUGACAUUGAUUCAGAUAGUAUUAUUUCAUUCAAAUUUCGAACAAAUCUGAAAAACAAAGAAAUUUCAGUUGACCUAUAUAUUGUAUCGAGAUGACGUAUCGAAAUCAAAUGUGUUGCACGAAAGAAAGAUAUCAAAUGAUAUUUUAGUUGGGGCCGACCCUAGUUUGUCUUUGAAUUAAAAAAAAACAAUGACAGUUGCCAGAAAACUUUUCAUUACCGCCACUAUCGUACCGGUUAAAAUUUUACGGUGGUUAUAAUACACGGCUCCUGAAUGCAUCAUGGAGGUUUAUAUGUGGGUAGAAAGUAGAAGGUAGUAUAUGUAACUGUACAUAAUUAGACAUUAUGUACAGUCACGUCAUAAACUACUAUUAUCUGUAGGUAUUAUUGCAUAGUACCACUAAAAUUUAAAUCAAUUGCCAAGUAAAUUACCUGCGUAUACACGCAAAUAAAAAUUUAUUCGUGUUAUUCGAGUGUUUAUCGAGAAAAUAAUGUAUUUAUUUGCAAUGAAUUAAUUUCUGGCUAUGUGCAAAUGCGCUGUUAUUACUAAGAGAUAAGUUUAGGCUUAGAUCAUUUAUACGUCUAGAAUCUAGACUUAAUAGAAUGUGCCAGCUAUGAAAACGUCGAAUAAAAUUGAUGUUGAGUGUUAACCUCUAUUUUUGGGCAAUGCACGCACACUAACACAACGUGGCAUACAAUUCGCGAGUGUAAGACGUAGCUUGUCACGCACACUAAAGUAAUAAACCUGACCUGUUUUCAUCAGUUGCCUAGCAGCAAAAGGUUCUAUCUAGGCGUAUAAAUUAUCUAAGUGUUAAGGUUUUACUUUGAGGCUUAAUUUAGGUAGGUACACUAUCGCGAAAUGGAAUGGAUACAACGACGACCAUAGAAUUACAAUAUACUAGCCUAUAGACAGACACUGACGCAACAAUAUGAGCGCGAGGGGGUGAAAGGGGAACGGGAGGGGGAGUUAUGUUCCAAGGAGGGCCAGAGAUUAGGUGGCCGUGUACCACUGUUUUAUAAUUUAACAUAAUACUUGAAAGCAUAACUUAAUAAUAUAAUAUUAUACCUACGAGGAUAUUUAAAUAGUGUAAAUAUAUCAUUUCGAGUUACGAAUUGAACACAGAGCUAUAUGAAGUUGCGGCCCAGUUGUCAAUAUACUUUCCAAGGUGUAGAUCAGUAUAGAAAUUGUUUCCAUUCCGGUCCGCGGCAAUGUAAAUUGAACUUAAGCUUCAAUGUAAACAAUCAUUCUAUACAAAUAUUUUAUACUGUAUACUUUUAUUCAAAUUUACUCCAAUAAUAGAUAUUAUAAUGACGAAUAUUUUUGUUAACUUAAUAAUAAGUCGUAAAAAUGCUUGAACGGAGGUAGAAUAAUAUUAAUUAAAGUAUCUCCUUACGUAUGUACUUGUACCUAUAAUGUAAUUAGUUAUUUAUCUAUUCCUUACCAGUGGGAGGCUCCUUUGCACAUGCCGGUUAGAUUAUGGGUACCACAAUGGCGCCUUUCUGCCGUGAAGCAGUAAUGUGUAAGCAUUAUUGUGUAUCGGUCUGAAGAGCGCCGUGUAGUUACUUGGCAAAUGAGACUUAACAUCUUAUGUCUCAAGGUAACGAGCGCAAUUGUAGUGCCGCUCAAAAUGUUUGGGUUUUUCAAGCAGUGGGAGGCUCCUUUGCACAUGCCGGUUAGAUUAUGGGUACCACAAUGGCGCCUUUCUGCUGUGAAGCAGUAAUGUGUAAGCAUUAUUGUGUAUCGGUCUGAAGAGCGCCGUUUAGUUAAUGGGCAAAUAGGACUUAACAUCUUAUGCCUCAAGGUAGCGAGCGCAAUUGUAGUGCCGCUCAAAAUGUUUGGGUUUUUCAAGCAAUGGGAGGCUCCUUUGCACAUGCCGGUUAGAUUACGGGUACCACAAUGGCGCCUUUCUGCCGUGAAGCAGCAGUAAUGUGUAAGCAUUAUUGUGUAUCGGUCUGAAGAGCGCCGUGUAGGUACUGGGCAAAUGAGACUUAACAUCUUAUGUCUCAAGGUAACGAGCGCAAUUGUAGUGCCGCUCAAAAUGUUUAGGUUUUUCAAGAUUCCUGAGCAGCACUACAUUGUAAUGGGCAGGGCGUAUCAAUUACCAUCAACUGAACGUACUGCUCGAUUCGUCUCUUAUUGUCGCAAAAAAAUAUAUAAUAUAUAUAUAUAUAUACAGCUUCUACAGCUUCGCAAAAUCUGUAUUCGUAGGAGGCACCUUCUGAAUUUUUUUUUCUAUAGUUUACUUGUUAAAAGUAGAAAUUAUAUAUAUCUUAUGAUUUCGUUUGACUAUAAUUAACUUAACUAGUUUACAUAAUUCAAUAUUGUAUAAUAUUAACUACCUAAGUACUUACAUAAAAUAAAAUGUUAAAGAAGAGAAACAGAGUACUAAAAAUGUUGUAACUCCUGAAUGAAAUAUUAAAUUUAUUUUAAUUGGGUGUGAUCUAUAUUAUGAGGAUUGAAUUUAUAAGGUGUGCCAUAGUUAAGCAACAAUACUCUUGUAUUUUUAUCGUCGUAAAAGUGUCAAUAGGAAAAUUGCGUAAUUUAUUUAAUUUAACAUAUUGAAAUGUCUGUGAUGUAUGAUAGAAUAGAAACAUUUUAAAUAAAAUAAAGAAAUCAAA